AUCCAGCUGAACAAGCUGGAGGAGGCAGCGGAUGCAGCUCACACCUUCUUCCUGGCGAACCCCGAGCACCUGGAAAUGCAGCAGGACAUCGAGAACUACAAGACCAUGGCCGGGAAGGCCACUCUGGUUGACCGAGAGGCCAGGCCACACAUGGAGGCCUACAGCGCGGGGGUGAAGCACUACGACAGGGAAGAGUACGGGCCGGCCAUCGAGCAGCUGGAGCGAGCCCUGGGGGAGUAUUACAUGGCCGACGAGGAGUGCCGCGUCCUGUGCGAGGGGCCGCAGCGCUUCGAGGAGCACGAGUCCUUGGACUAUCAAGCCGACCUCUACGAAGCCGUCGCAGAACAUUACUUGCAGGUCCUGGCUUGCAAGCAGGACUGUGUCCGAGACCUGGCCACCCGACCCGGGCGCAUCUCGCCCAUCGAGAACUUCCUGCCGCUCCACUACGACUACCUGCAGUUUGCCUAUUACAGGGUCGGCGAGUACACCAAAGCCCUCGAGUGUGCAAAAUCCUACCUGCUCUUCCACCCGGACGACCAGGACGUCUUGGAAAAUGUAGUCUAUUAUGAGAGCCUCUUGGAAGACAAGGUGGACCCAGAGACCAUCGUCCCCAGGGAGGAGGCUGCAACAUUUCUGAGAUGUCACAGGCUGGAGUCUCACCUGCUAAAGAUGGGUGCAGCGGGCCUGGGAUUCCUCUACACGGAGCCGAACUACUGGAACCGGUAUGGGGCCCGGCAGGAUGAGCACAGCGUCCCCUCCAGCGUCAGCAGCGAGCCGGACGCGGGUCCCAGGCUGGUGAUGGGCAAGAAGCCGGCUCCCAAGAUGGACCGAGAGCUGCGGGAGGGGGGGCCUCUGCUCUACGACCACGUGAAGCUCGUCUACAACUCCACGCAGCUCAACGGCAUCCAGCGCGUGCUGCUGGACGGCGUCCUGUCCGAGGAGGAGUGCCGCGAGCUCCACCGAGUGGCCACCGGCAUCGUGAUGGCUGGUGACGGCUACCGCGGGAAGACCUCGCCCCACACCCCCAGCGAGAAGUUCGAAGGUGCCACCGUCCUUAAGGCUCUCAAGCACGGCUUCGAGGGGCGCGUGCCCAUGCAGAGCGCCCGCCUGCUGUACGACGUCAGCGAGAGGGCGCGCCGCAUCGUGGAGUCCUACUUCCAGCUCAACGCCACGCUCUACUUCUCCUACACCCACAUGGUGUGUCGCACCGCGCUGCCCGGCCAGCAGGAGAAGCGGAACGACCUGAGCCACCCCAUCCACGCUGACAACUGCCUGCUGGACCCCGAGGCCAACGAGUGCUGGAAGGAGCCCCCAGCCUACACCUUCAGGGACUACAGCGCCCUGCUCUACAUGAAUGCGGAUUUCGAGGGAGGGGAGUUCAUCUUCACCGAGAUGGAUGCCAAGACCAUUACUGCCUCAAUCAAGCCCAGGUGCGGGCGCAUGAUCAGCUUCUCGUCCGGCGGGGAGAACCCGCACGGUGUGCGGGCCGUCACCAAAGGGCAGCGCUGCGCCGUGGCGCUGUGGUUCACCUUGGACCCUCUGUACCGGGAGCUGGAGCGGAUCCAGGCGGACGAAGUGAUAACACAGUUAGACCAGGAGCACCCGGGCACGGAGGAAUUGAACAUCAACCCGCGGGACGAGCUCUGAGCCCCGCUUGAGAGACUCUAUUCUCUAUUUAUUUAAUAUUGCUGAUCUAA